AGUCAUUAUUUUAGCAGCAGUGAAGCAUCGCCAUAAUUACAACACCUUUCCCGCGCUUUCGAAAUCGAACAAUAAUCAUCGAAAAGUCUUGUUUUGAUCCCGUGCCAAAGAUCUGAAUGAAUCGUCUGAGCGCUUCCGCUGGAUUAAUCCGGCGUUUGGUACAACCGAAAAAGGUCGCAUGGUCACUGUCCCAGCCGCUGCGAUUGCUGACAACCGAGACCGGAUCCGGCAAUCCAAAGCCACCGGUUCCCGAUGCCGACACCAUCUUCGAUAAAAUCAUCCGUCGCCAGAUCCCGGCGGACAUCAUCUUCGAGGAUGACCUUUGCAUGGCCUUCAACGAUAUAACUCCGCAAGGGCCGGUCCAUUUCCUGGUGAUUCCGAAACGAAGGAUCCCAAUGCUGGAGGAUGGAUCGACCGGUGAUACGGAACUCUUCGGGCAUCUGAUGUUGAUUGCCGGUCAGCUGGGGAAACAGCGUGCACCGCAAGGAUUUCGCCUCGUGGUCAACAACGGAGAACACGGAUGCCAGUCGGUGUCUCACUUGCAUUUGCAUGUCAUCGGAGGACGCCAGCUGGGAUGGCCACCGGGAUAGUUUGGAUGUUAUGUAAUCGAAUUUCUUUCGUUAAUAAACGAUACACGAUGUAGCUUCAUCGCCUUUUA